AUGGUAUACACUUCGCUGACUGAGGCUCCUCAGAACCUCAAGGAGGCCAUUGACUGGUUGAUAGCCCUGAAGGGAACAGAUGCUGAAAACAACAUGAAGGCUUUCGGUGACGCAGUUUACAAAUUUCUCGCAGACAAGCCUGUUGGAUAUACUAAGUUGCCGGCUCUUGAGAAAGUGAAAGUUAUCACUAAGGAGUUCCUGGAGCAAAAGGAGCUUAAGGACAUGUGGCCCGCAAGCGAGCUGCUGGGAAGAUUCAACAAUCCUAUGGAUAAAAAACCCAAUGUGAUUGUUAGGUUACUUCGCGUUGUAGACGAAAGCGACUAUACGAACAUCAUACAGACCCAGGGGGUCAAGGCUGAGGACGUCGCAAAGGACCUCGGUAACGUUGUAGCUGGUUGUGAGAAGUUCUUGGAUGAUAUAAAACACCCUGACCACUAUGAGUCCUCUUACAGUUCGAAAGCGACGUGGACUAAAUCAUGCGCAAAAAAUCCGGAAGAUUGUGCAGCAGUUUUCGUGGGAAUUGCUCCAAUGUUAUACGCAGGCCUACGUUCUUUGCGGGAAGCUGGCAACCCUAACAUCUUCGGACGUGUAACUUCUAAUGCAGAUAAGCUUCUGGGAAAAGUAUUGAAAGCUGUUGGUUACAAGGAGGAAGAAUGCGCCGCCGGUAUGGGUGGCUCAGAUAUCCGGAAUGCAUUGAGAGGUGUUAAGUUCCAAAUGUUGGUCACACUAUACGACCUCGCUGGAUUCUGGGCCUUUUAUUGA